CGAAUAGAAAAAUAAAGUGACACUGGAAAAGAGGAAAUGCCGUUGAUGACAGCGGCCCUCCUUCUUCCUGCUGUACGUCGAGAAAGCAGUCUGAUUGCUGGGAGGAUUAUGUCGUGCGGGCUGUGGAAAGAAACCCUGGCUGUAGCAGAGGACUACCUGUCUGUCUGCAGAAUUGUCCCCACCCCUGGGUCUCCGGCAGCCACACCCCCUCCUCCUCCCAGUGAAUCGGCUGCAGCCAUGAGACACCUGGCCCUGGACAUGGAGGCCCAGCACCGGGCCCGUUUCCACGCCCUGGCACACAGCUUCCUGAGCCAAUGUGGUCUGGACCCCUGUGCCUCUCUGCGCAGGGUGAUGGAGGAGCUGGUAGGAGAUGGACAAAUGAACUGGGGGCGGGUGGUCUCUCUCUUUACCUUCACUGGGGUGUUGGUGAGGAAGCUACAAGGAGAGGACACAGACCAGGGGACAGGGGUUAGGGGGACGGAGUGGCUGGGGGGUAAGGAGAGCUGCAGAGCGCUGGCGGAGACCAUAGCGAACUACCUAGGCAAAGAGAAGAGCGACUGGAUGCUGAAGAAUCAAGGCUGGGAGGGCUUCUGUAAGUUCUUCCAUUCAGCUAGGGUGGUGAACCAGGACUCCUCCAUGAAGACAGCUCUCUUUGCUGCCGCUGGGGUGGGCAUCGCAGGUUUGACCUUCCUCCUGGUCCGCUGAUACAAACAGUGCAAGCCCUACUUCGUCUUGAUUGUCCUCAAUCUUGUUUCAAUGGGAUGACCUCUUUCGGGCAGACCUUUUUAAGGAGCUAAUUGGUUUUACAUCAGGUAUGAAACAGUGUUUUGAAAAUGGAGUGUUGGAGUCGGAGUCAUUUCCAAUGGACCUGUUGAAUAUUCCCCAUGUCUCUUUAAAGCAGUGUCCCAUUCUGCUCUUUACUUUCAUUUAUUUAUCAACUGAAUGUUUCCACGUCUUUCUGCCCCUCGGUAAUAUCUUGAUUCUGACCAACGUUUCUCAUUCGUCCAUACCCGGAGAUUGUAAUCACAAACUGAAUGCCUUCUGAAAUGACAGAAUAUGUGAAUAUUAUUAGUUUGCGUAUCUUUCCCCUGUAAUAAGAAAUAUUUUUAUUAUAUGUCAAAGCAAAGCGUGCAGGGUGCCGAUGUUGUGUUGACCACAACAGGAGCGCUGUGGUCAGUCCCAUUGUGCGCAGCCGGGUCGUUACACUGAUGAUUCUCAGAUGUCUGCGUCCCGAAUGGAUUAGUGUGUUUAGUGUCCCGAUUGCCAAUUGUUAACGUCUCUCUAGCCUGCCUUUUUACUUCACAUGUCAACCAGCAGUAUGUGUUUGUGUGUACGCGUGUGUGGCACGAUGCCUUUUAGUGUAAUAAACGUAUAAAUUAAUAUAUUAUAUUUAUAUGAAUAAAAAUGUAAACCCUGGCCAUCUUUGAAUUGACAAAUGGAAGAUUUCAUUGUUUUAGUUAGUUUGUUCCUUUUCUCUCUCUCAUGUUUACAACAGGGUUAUUUAACUGUAGGCUCAGAGGUGCACCAUUGUUUUUUUUUUUAUUUCUUGAUGGUUGAUGUAUUAAUAUUACUGAUCAGGGAGCCAGAGUCCUUUUAGCUGCAUCACAUUUCACUAAGUUCUGUUAGUUUAAAAUGUUUGCAAGUUGCGCUGUAGUAUAAACCAAUUCAUUUCCCAACUCUGACUUGGUCCCUGAUUUAGAUGCCCCUUUAGGCCUGCAGUUCAAUAUCUUUGGUCUGUCUCAUGUAUAUUCCUGUGUGUCUGAGUGUAAUAAUCUAUAAUGUUUCAGGGCUAUACAGAAGGACAGACAUUGGUGCUACGGUAUGAUAUACUAACCAUCAGACCAAUUAAAACUACACAUGGUUUGCAUCCCUCAAUGCCACCCUGAUUAUGGUGAUGUUUGGGAAGCAAGCCAUACACCUGUUACCACAACAUAACCAAUCAAAUUUAAAUCAAUGGAAGAAAACAAAAGUCCCCACUGAAUUCCUAUUUUUACAUUGUUUCAUAUAUCACUUUUUCUAAAUAAAAAGGUGCUAUCAUGGAG